AUGCUCGGCUGGACUCUGGGUUUGAGGAAGCUCGUCAGCCCGCCCGAGACGGACGCCGAAUUAUCUCCAACGCGGCUUACAUCGAGGCAGAAAAAGUGCUCCUACUUUAUUGUGGCGGUCGUGUGUCACAACCAGCAUGUGAUUGUCGUGGGAGGCUGCCGCUCUCCAAUGCUCGGGGACCCCUCCAUACUUUACUAGAAUGUACUUGAUGAAUGUACCACCUGUCGCAGCGACACAAACCGAGUGGAGAAGAUGUGGCCCACCUGGAGGCUUUAGCCUUCCAGUUUGCUUCAAUGACUCUGACACAGAGUUGUCCGCCAGAGGCACACCUAUCUCAGACAAGGUCCAGAUGAUCAUAGAGAGCCUCAGGAGCACUCAGUCCUCACUCGAGAUGGGCGACGAGAUCGAGGGAAACGUGCUAUCAGGAGAGGAUGGCCAAACCCCAGUCUGCCAGGCUGCAGUGGGCUCCUAUGUGGCAGCCAAGUGCAAAACUAAAACUCCUGCUGAUAAACCCCAGCCCCGUGGUUCUUCCUCAAACCACCAUGACAGCAGUGACUCAGACAGUGACGAUUCUGUGGACAGAGGGAUCGAGGAGGCAAUACUCGAGUACCUGAAAGAAAAAGACGAUCACAAACGCAAGGCGGAGCCUCUUUUCCAGUCGGCGAAAAUUCCCAGAAGGGAUCCAUCCAUUCAUGAGCUUUCCAGGCAAACCCCCGAGAGCCACAUGUCCGUGGUUUCCAGCAGCCAGUUUCUGAGGCAUGCCAAAGCUGAGACUCCUCCAGCACCAGCGACCAUACCCAUAAAAAAGUACAUAAAAAACAAGGCGUCCCUUGAUGAGAACUUUCAGUUGGGUAGCAGUUCAACCAAGAGUUUACUCGGCUCAAGAGAGAUAUUGAAAAUUCCCUCUAAAACAAUCAGCAUCUCCAGCAAAAAUCCAAAAUGCCCAAUCGCUGGCAAGGUGGAGGAGGAGUCGAUUGAUUCCAGUACGGACGACGGCAUCGAGGAGGCCAUUCAAAGAUUCCAGCUGGAGAAAAAGGAGCAUCAGAACAAAAGGGAAACCUUCACCCCACACGCUAUCCAGGUGGAAUCCGAUUCUACCAGCGACGAUGGGAUUGAGGAAGCAAUCCGCACCUAUCAGCUGGAGCAGCUGAAGGAAAGGAGUGUCUUUAAACCGUUUCUACAAAAGCAAAAACCCUUCGGCAAGGCACUAAUGCAUGCUGUUGAAAGCCCCAGCUUGGAAGGCAUGAAGAAACACAAACUGAAGAAAAAAAAGGUCAGAACGGAGAAACCGAUUAGAUCUCUUCAGCCUCAUCCAUCAUCCGCGUUAAUACCCACGAUGGCACAUUCAAACGGUUCAAAGGGGAAAGGGAAUGGACUUCUGUCUUCGAAAGCAGACACUUUUAAGGAGCGAGCAGCUCCCACUCCUCCCAAGGCCAACACGACUGCUGAGCUGAUGUGUGCUGAAGCAAUACUGGACAUCUCCAAAACCGUGAUGCCCGAGGUGUUCCAUCACACCGUCGGCAUCGAAACGUGCGCCCCCACCAGCUCCUCCUCGCGCUCCUCGGUUCCUGAAAGCUGCCUUUGUGAGGACAGCGACGACAGCUCUAUUGACAGCGAGGACGGGAUCGAGCAGGAAAUCAGGAAGUUUCUGGAGCAGAAGGCCCAAAUGCACAUGAAGCCCACCACCUCAGAGGAGCCCCACCAGACACACGAACCAGUCAGAGAAGUGGCCGUCCAAAAUAAACCACUGAGGUUGUCUCUGACACAGAGGAGGAAAAGCAGGGAGAAUAACUGCAUUGUCUCCAACGUGUUGGGAGCAAACGACACAGGUAAAGAAACCUCCCUAAAGGCUUCGCUCGAGCCUACAAACCCCGCCGCAUUUCCCCAGAGGCAUCAAACGCACACGGCGUCACACAAGAAGGACCAAAGUGGAGACAAAAGCAGCUCGCUCGACAGCGACGAGGAUCUCGACACUGCCAUAAAAGACCUGCUCAAGACAAAGAGGAAGUCAAAGAAAAAGAUCAGAGACUUGAAGCGGAAAUCAAGGAAGAGCAUCAAAGAGGAAGAGCCGAUGUCAGGAAGUGACACAAAGUUCAAACCCGAGCCUGCUCCCAAGACCAGCGCUUUAAAGAAAGUACAUAAGAGUAAGGAGGACAUGAAAGACAAGUCUGGAGGGAUGACAAAGACUCUUUUUCUGCUAAAGCAAACGGAUGGAAGCUGGGAGCACUCGGCACAUGAAGGUGAAACGGAGACUCUGGAGGGGGCGGAAGGUGGAGACGACCGGCCGCAGCACGCCGCCGGCGCUCCUUUUCCCGAGAGGAGGGAGGACAGCAGCUCAGGGGACAGCGACGACGGCAUCGAGCAGGAGAUCCAGAGGUUUUUGGCCGAGAAGGCCAAAGUGUCCAGCGCAGAGAAACCUAAAGACGCGGACGCGCAGAGGAACGGCGCGGCCGAGGCGAAGCGGGAACCUCAGCUGGCUGAGAUCCCCAGGAAAAGCGGCGGCGCUUUCCCCGGAGCCCUGGGCUGCCCGUUGCAGGACAGAGCCCCUCAGAGGCCGCCGGACAUCUGCCCCGUCAGCGCGCAGUCCUGUGUGUCCGCGGCCCAGUCCUGCGGCGCCGGCCUCCUGGAGCCGGCGGACGGGGCCGGGGCAGCCAGGACUGAGCAGAGGAGGCCGGACGGCGGGAGGGAGGAGGUCAGCGGCGCGGGGGACCAGGUCGCCAGGGAGCGAGCGGUCCCCAGUCCCAGCCUCGCUCACUCCCGCGCAGAGUCCAUCAAGUGGCGCCAGAGUUUUGGGCUCCCCAUUUCCGAGCCCAGGACUCUGAGUCGGACUCCGUUUCACAUCACCACGUCAGAAGUCAAAGAGAGCCCGCCGGCCCCUCUGCCGCAGUAUAAAGAUCUAAAGGCCCAGACUCAGGCCGCGGCCUGGUUCUCCCCCAGGACCACCAGAUCGCCACUCUCAGGUUUGGCGGAGACAGCAGUGAAUACCACCGCCAGACCCCCCGUUUUGAAUUUUAUGUCUGCUAGCAGGCAGCAUUCAAAGAUGUCCUUUGCACAGAGCCUUACGCAAGGUCCCAGGUCCCAGUUCUCCCUGGAAGAGGAGAGGGCCAGAAUGGUGCAAAUGCCCAAGGACAAGAGUGUGUUCGUCGAAUUGGAAUCUAAUAUGACCAACCACGUCCAGGUUCAAAGCAGGGAAAAGCAAGAGGGAAAGGAGAGAGGGGAGUUGCUAAGUGACAUAAAAAGAGAAGGCGAGAGCAUGAAGAUAGAUGAUAAAAAUGUGCAUCAAGUCAGGAAGGAGGAAGAAUUUAUAGAUGAGUCAGAUUGUGAAUCAGGCAGCAGGAGAGAUCCAGGAAAGAAGCAGGGCUUUUCCACAUUGUAAGUACUUGCUUUGAUUAUAAUUCUUCCAGAAUCAUAAUUUUAUUAGAUCAUUUCUUGGUUCUGCGCUGCUUAUUAUUAAACUUGUUGUUGUUUUUUUCUCAAGUUCAUUCAUGUACAGGCUCUAAGGGAAUAUUUGUUAAUAUAAUAAGACAAAUCUGCUUUUCGUAAUAUAUGUUAACAAUUCUGCGCCAAACUGAAACUUGUUUUUUCUUGUUUUGAGUGCUCUUAAGUUCGUGUGUCAUUUGUACUUUGGAAAGCAAUACAGUGGAGCUUUGGUACUGGAGGCCUGAGUGGUAACCACCAAGAAAAAAAAAUCUACUUCUUUGUAUUGAAAAAUCUCAUAAUGUUUUGUUGUUUUUUUGUUUUUCAUUUUCUUUUCUUUUAAGAAACGACAACAAAAAGGAACCUCAUAGUGGCAAAAUAAAGAUUUAAGUUUAAUCGAAAAUACAGAAAUUUGGGAUGAUUCUUUUUUACUUUUACUACUGGGAACUGAAGGCUAGUGUAAUGUUAGGAUGUGAAUAGUAUAUUUCUCACAUUAGAGGACAGUCCUUCAUCUUUCAUGUAAAAUUGCUGAUAAAAAAAGGCGUUUGUUAUUAAAAAAAAGGCACAUUUCUCUUGCUUUUCUUUACAUUUUUCUGGGGUUUCGACAACAGAAUAUCCAAUAUCUGCACUUUGAUGAAUUAAAUAAGGAACUGAUCAAUAUAAAUAUAUAAAUGUUUGUAUCUGAGUUUACCAAACAGCAUAAUUUAUUAAAACUAUACAUAUGUAAUUCAAUAUGGCCAUGAAAUACACUCAAAGUCUUCUGGUGACUGAAUUCAGAGUCAAAAGCCAGACCUCAACUUUGCACUGUGGAUUGUUUCUUUAAUCAGAAAUCACAAAUAAAGUACCUUCAUUCUUUUAUACAUUUUGCAUCAUUUUCUAGUAAUGCUACAUCCCUUUGCCUCUGAUUUAUCCAGAAAUUACCCUGAAAGGACAGCGCUAACCCUUUUUUAACAUUUCCACAUGCAACAAAACCAGCCAAUAACCAUGUUAAAGGCGGAGUUCACCCAUGACUCAGCAUAACAGCAAAUUAUUUGAUAUUACUGGCUCGUGUGAUCAUUGCUCACGGUAAAGUUUGUAUUCAUAGGUGGAUGUUCACAACCCAGCUGUUAAUGAAAGCCACUAUAGCAGUCUCAGACUUGUAACCUCUAUGGCAACGUGUUGUUAAGAUUCCACAGAAAAUUACCCCUCUCUGUCGUAGUAUUUAGUGUGUUCAUUUCUUUGUCGCGUUAAAGGUUUUUCUUGAAUUUCCUAUGUGAGAAAAGGCUAUUUAUUUUUGUUUUAUAGAAAAAAAAACAUCACUGAACAUGCUGUGCAUUGCCAGGAUUUUUGUAAAUAUUUUAUAAGAAGUGUUUUUUUUUCUUUUAAACUUUCAAUUGAAAAAAAAAAAGCUGUGUCUUUUCAGUGUGUAAUAAAGAGUGGAAUCUG